GCCCAAUAGGAGUGGAGCAGAGCACUUUCCCUGGCUGCGGAGCUUAAGGCUCCCAGUCCCCAUUGAGAAAAAUCCACGGGACCUGGAGGGGAUGUAGGCCGCCCUCGGACUGCGCCUCAAACCCUCGGAACACUUCACCCCGCAGUGAAGUGUUCUCCAUCAUGGACGGCUUCUAUGACCAGCAGGUUCCGUAUCUGCUCGACAACUGUGGCAGGGAGGAGGCUGAGGUGUGUGCGACUGGCAGGAUCAAGAAGUAUCUGCAUGAAGACCUGGCUCAGGACACCGAGGACCUGUUCCAUGACCUGAGUCAACUCCAGGAAAUCUGGUUUGCGGAAGCUCCAGUUCCCGACGAUGAGCAGUUUGUCCCGGACUUCCAGUGCAGCGACUUGCUGAGAGUCAAGUGUGAGCCCUGCUCCCCCAAACAUGGCUGCCGGAGUCCUCCAACUGACCAGUGUCUCUACAGCUGCAGCAAUGCAAAGAGCAAGCCCACUGGGCCUUCUGGUGCCAGCCGUCCUGCCACUCACCCGUUUCCCCCGGUGCUACACAGCGACAGCCCGGCCCACCUCCCUGCUCCCUCCCACUUUGGCCGCCCGCAUUUGGACUUGAACCAUCCAGUCAAGUCCUUCCAGUCGGAGCCGAAGUUCCAGCGGCAGAUGUCCGAGCCCAGCCUGUCCAUUGUGUCGACCGAGAACACCCCGCAGCCGAUGUACCCCCACUCCAGCGCCGAGCGCCGCCCACUCUAUCAGCGCCACCUGUCUGAGCCUCUGGUCGCUCCCGGGCAACCAGGAUUUAAACAGGAUCAUAUGGAGCAUCACUACUCAGAAGCUGCUCAGAGUCAGACCCAUUUCAAUCACGUCACCAUAAAACAAGAGCCCAGGGAUUUUGGCUUUGACCCAGAAGCACAGACCUGUCAAACGUUGUACGGCAGGGUCCAGUUCCAGAGUCACACGGGGUUUGGUCCAGACAGGGAGCCUCACAUGUUCUACGAUGACAGCUGUGUUGUCCCGGGGAGACUGGAGGCGAAAGUCAAAGCGGAGGGUUUACCGUACCAGCGCCGCGGCUCGCUCCAGCUCUGGCAGUUCCUGCUCACCCUGCUGGACAACCCUGCCCACAGUCACCACAUCAUCUGGACCGGGCGCAACAUGGAGUUCAAGCUGAUGGACCCCGAGGAGGUGGCUCGUCUGUGGGGGGUGCAGAAGAACAGGCCGGCCAUGAACUACGACAAGCUGAGCCGUUCACUGAGGUACUACUACGAGAAGGGCAUCAUGCAGAAGGUGGCAGGGGAGAGGUAUGUCUACAAGUUUGUGUGCAGCCCGGAGGCGCUCUUCUCCUUGGCUUUCCCGGAGAACCUGAGGCUGAGCCUGAAGCCCGACCCGGACGGCCCCCCACCACCCUGCGAGGACCCAGGUCUCCGGCUCCCCGGCCUGGAGGAGGAGGCUCCGUACCUGGGAGAACGGACGGAGCGUCGUGCGCAGGGACCCGUGUUCCCCGACUACCUGUUUUAGACUCUCACAAAUCAACUCAUCCAAUCGCCUAAAUCUGUCCAGGAAAGACUAAACGUUCAAACCUUGUUUUGGGGUGCGAGGACUAAUAUUUGAGCUGCAUUUGUUGCCAACAUCACGGCGUUCCCCUGGAUGGCCGCUGCUGACCUCACGUCUGAGCUAAAAUCUCUGGUUCUCCCGGUGAACCCUCCCCAGCUUUACGGACCAGCUUGUAGUCUGUCUUCGGGCAUUCUUAGUGGAAUUAAUGUUUUUAAACUGAAUAUUUUUGGCAGCGUUUUUUUUCCCCCUGGAGCUGUUUUCACAGUAUUUUUGAUCCUGCAACGCUUUCUUACAAACCUACGCGAUAGUUUUAUGCCUUGUUUGCUUCAGUAGGUCAAAGAACUCUGAUGACUCAGGGACCUGUUUUUGCGGAGUGGCUGUGCAGACUUGUGCCUGCAGACAAACCUUUGUAACAUCGCCCCACUGAGACUAUCUGUGCCUUCUGAUCAUCUGUACUCACAAAAUAAACUAUUUUACUCUUCUAUGUCUGUGGGACUCGUCUGCUGAGUCAGCAAACACAGCCAAGGGAGAGGACGGCUACUGGAGGGGAAAUGAGAUGCCAU